AUGGGUGUAGGCAUUGGAGCUGAUCGUGUUAUAGAAUCAUCAUGGUGGAAUGGACUUAAACCUCGCAUCAUCGAUGAACCUGUUGGGUACUUUAUCCAGUUUGGUAUCGAGGCAAAAUUGAAAGCACUCAAUGUACUGGAAAUCAUGCGAACUGCAAAGUUCCCUGUUGCUCAGACCAUCGCAAAGGAUAAACUCGAUAUCUCUGGUGCGAACUUUGCUCAUCAGGGACUGCUGGAUAUUUCAUCAUCAGCACUGGAGAACCUGGCAAAGUCUGUUCACAGUAAUGCAGAGAUCACUGCUAAAAUUAAUGAAUUAUUACAAGCAAAAGAACCUCACCUGGUAUCAAAGCUCAUGGAGGUUAUAUUUGGUACAGCUAUCGGUACCAAGUCCUCAGACGUACACAUCGAAGCAGCCGAGGAUCAUGGGCGUUUGCGUUAUCGUCAGGAUGGAGUACUCCAGGAUAUCAUCGACUUCCCUCUUGAAAUAUAUAAACAACUUAACUCUCGUAUAAAACUCCUCUCUGAGAUGAAAAUCAGUAGCAGUGCUAUUGCUCAGGAUGGACGUUUUACGAUCAAUUAUAAAGAAAUCGAAAUCGAGAUACGUACCUCGCUCAUCCCAGGGCCAUAUGGUGAAUCCAUCGUAAUGCGUAUCCUCAAUCCUGAGGGGCUCACGGUAGAUAUGGAAAAGCUUGGUUUUGAUAAAAACUUAUUUGAAAUAUUGGGACAUGAAAUCCGUAAACCGAACGGUAUGAUCCUCAACACAGGACCAACAGGAUCUGGUAAAACCACGACACUCUACUCAAUAUUAAAAACUAUUUACUCUCCCGAGAUAAAACUCCUCACCAUCGAAGACCCUAUCGAGUAUCACCUGGAUGGUAUAACCCAAACACAGAUCGAUCAUGAAAAGGGUUACGGGUUUGCCGAGGGACUCCGUGCAGCACUGCGCCAAGACCCUGAUGUGGUGAUGGUCGGAGAAAUCCGUGACAAGGAAACAGCAACCACUGCAGUCAAUGCAUCGCUCACCGGACACCUCGUACUCUCAACGCUCCACACCAACAACGCCGCAGGAGCUAUCCCGCGUAUGAUUGAGCUGGGUGUGAGUCCUCGUAUCCUCCCUGAUGCACUCACACUGUGUAUGGCGCAGCGUCUGGUGCGUAAACUCUGUACCAGCUGUCGCCGCAAGGCAACCAUAACCGAGACACAAGAAAAACUCCUCCGUGAUAUCCUCACCGAUGCACAGAAAAACAAAAAACCUCUUCAUCUGUAUAACAUCACACCAGAGUCAGACUUGGAGCUGUACACUGCAGGACCAGGAUGUCCACGAUGUAACAAUACAGGAUUUAAAGGUCAAACAGGAUUGUUCGAAGCAAUACGUAUUGAUGAUGCCGUGAUUGACGCUAUUAAUAAAAACCCAUCAGAGCGUGAUAUUCGUCGCGCUGCAGCAAGUCAAGGAAUAUUUACCAUGGCAGAAGACGCGGUGCGCGUGGUGAUACUGGGGCAGGAUCCGUAUCAUGGAGCAGGGCAGGCCAAUGGUCUGUCGUUUGCGGUGCAAUCCGGCAUGAAAAUCCCACCAUCACUGCAAAAUAUUUUUAAGGAAAUUCGCAGCGAUCUGGGGAUUGAGCCAUUAGCCGACGGAGACCUGUCCAGGUGGGCGCGUCAGGGAGUACUCCUGCUCAACAGUACGCUGACCGUAUGUGCGGGUCGUCCUGCAUCACAUGCAGGACUGGGCUGGGAAGAGUUUACUGAUGAGGUGAUUACAAAACUCUCAGAUGAGCGAGAACAUAUUGUGUUUAUCCUGUGGGGCAAUUAUGCUCGCGCCAAGGGUGCACAUAUCGACCGUACCAAGCAUCUGGUUAUCGAGUCAGUACACCCAAGUCCGUUCUCGGCACAUAGCGGAUUCUUUGGCUCUCAGCCAUUCUCCCAAGCUAAUACCUAUCUGCGUGAACAUGGACUGGGAGAGAUAGACUGGCGGUAG